AUGAAGCCAUCAUCCGAAAACACGGUCUUCGUGCUCGUUCCGGGCGGCUUUUGUCCCGGUUCCUUUUAUCACAAAGUGACCACCAUCCUCCAAAAUGGUGGCUACCAAGUUCAUGAGAUUGAUCUCCCGUCCGUCGGAAAACGCGAAGGCAGCCCAGCAACAAUGUAUGAUGAUGCGGAUCAUAUCCGCUCAGUGGUCUCUGAAUUUGCAGACCAAGGCAAAAAUGUUGUGUUAUGUGCGAACUCGUAUGGCGGCCUCGUCUCAACCGAAGCAGUCAAAGGCACAACAAAAGCCGAAAGGGAGGCCAAUGGGAAGCCUGGCGCUCUGGUGCAUGUGGUGUUUAUUGGGUCAUUGCUAGCUCCCGUGGGAAUGAACGCUCAAGAGCUGGUGGGAGGCAAAAUACCGCUGGACAUGAAAUCGAAGCCCGACUAUAUCGAGCCAAUAGACGCGGAGGUUGCAGGGGCAUACCUCUGUUCCGAUCUGGACGACAAGGCAACCCAGAAGUAUUAUGGGAGCCUCCAGAAACCCCAUAGUGCAGUCAGUUUUCUGGGAAGACUCACUCACGCUGGAUAUCUACAUGUUCCAACGACGGUCGUGGUCACCGAAAGGGACGUUGCGAUUUCGCCCGAUGUGCAACACAAGAAUGUGGAUACCGUGAUUGCCGAGGGGAAAGGAAAUAUAAGAAAGGUACCGAUGGCAUCGGAUCAUUGUGCCAUGAUCAGCCAUCCAGAAGAAAUUGUGGAGAUAUUGCUGCAAACGCCGCCGGGCGAAUGA